UAAUUAACUAUUUUAAAGCAAUGGUUAAGAAGAUAUCAGCCUAAGAUAAUUCUAAUUCUGGGGCUGCAGGAACCCUACUCCCCCAGUCCAGGUCCAGGUCGCAGCAGUCUCCUAGUUCCAUGCCCUGAUCCACGGUUCCGGCUCAUAUUCUCUGGAAACUCUGAAGAUUGGGGAAGGAAGACUUCACCGCUUCUGCCUACUGACCGGAGCUUAAUCCCUCGUUUGGCCGCGGCAGGCGUAAACAGGGGACCCGCUCCCAAGUAGCUCUCACUCCUCUGGCCUAAGAAAAGCAGUAGAAAGCUGAACUCAGAGAGAAACGAAUGGCCAAGGAAGCGAAGAGGUAUCCGCAGGAGUCUCCAGGCAGCGCGUUGCCCUCAACAGACACGCCCACCUCGAAUCGCCCCAGCUUCACUUUGGCUAAAGAGAGGCGCAUCACCGACGCUACUGAGGCUGCGCGAACUGUAACAUCCGGGGCGGGGCGUCUGGCGCGCGCCGCGUCGCCGUGGAGACGGGGGUGGGGCCAGCACGAGAGCCAAGUCCCGAGAAGCGGGAAGACCAAAACCUGGUGUGGGCUGCACCGGCCUCGGGAGGUCUUCAGGGUGCGCAAGUUUUCCCCGCGACUCCUGUCGGGCGCCACGCCGGAGGGCUGGGUUCGCUCAGGUACGAGGCCCGUUUGGAUCGUCCCCAGCGUGUCUUUCAGGGAUGAAGAGAUGAAGAAGCCUUAUUCUCCAAAGGCACUACUCACAAAGAAGUCUUCUGCCUUCUCUGGGAGAGUCCCCAGAACCACUCACCCAGUGAAAUAUGGCGCCUCACAAACUGGGACCCGACGAGGCCGGUUAAGAGAAUUGUGCAUCAGAUGCGUGGCCAGAAAAUUCUUAUAUUUGUGGAUUCGAAUGACUUUCGGAAGAGUUUUUCCUUCUAAAGCCAGGUUUUAUUAUGAGCAGAGAAUACUACGGAAGACCUUUGAAGGCUGGAAAGAAGAAUGGUGGGUUUCUCAUCGAGAGUGGAAACUCUGUGUUCGAGCUGACUGUCACUACAGAUACUACUGGUACAGCCUGGUGUUUCAGAGUUGGAAGGCCUAUGUGCAGCAGCAGUGGGAAAUGAGGAACAAGUAUAGAAAAGCCAAGGAUCAUGAUGUAAUGCAAAAGAUGCGGCUGGCCUGGAAGUCGUGGUUGAUCUACGUGGCUGUUCGUAGGACCAAACUUCAGAUGCGGACCACUGCUCUGGAGUUUAGGCAGCAGAGUGUCUUACGGGUGUGGUGGAGCAAGUGGAGGCAGCAAUUGGAACAGGCCCACAUGAACCAUGCUUUCUAUGCCACAGCCGUGCAGCACAGGGCCUUGAGCAUCCAGCUGCAGGCGUGGUCUCGGUGGAAGGAGCAGCUCCUGCUGAGCCAGAGGGGGAGGUGGAAGCUGGUCUCCGCAGUACAGCAUCAUCGGUGGUGGCAAAAGAGGAAGUUCCUGAGGGCCUGGCUUGAAUACCUGAACAUGUGCAGAGUAAAGAGACAGCGGGAUGAGAUGGCUGCGCAAUUGCACCGUGUCACCGUGCUCCAGGUACACUUCUGUGACUGGCGCUGGGCCUGGGAGCAGAGGCAGAGCUUGCAUGCCCACCAGGCCCUAGUGAAAGAGCUGGCCAGGAAGAUGGCACUGCGGAGGGUCUUCUCGCACUGGAGACACUAUGUGUUACUGUGUAGAGAAGAAACUGCUCGGCGUGAGGUGGCAGAACGGCACCACCAGCGCAGCCUGCUGAAUUUUUGCUUCAGAGCCCUGAAAGACAACAUGACCCAAGUUCAUCUCCAGCAAAUAAGAAAGAAUCUCGCGCACCGGCAGCAUGACAUGAUGCUGCUGCGCAGGUUCUGGAAUCUCUGGCAGUCUCGGAUUGAGCAGAGGGAAGAAAAAGAGCAGCUCCCCUUACUGCGGAUAGCCUGGGGCCACUACAGGGUAACAUUGCUGCACAAGUGUAUCAAAUUGUGGUUACGUUAUACUCAGAAGAGAAGAUACAAGCAGCGACUGCAGGCCAGAGCAGAUGGUCAUUUCCAGCAGAGAGCCCUGCCUGCUGCCUUCCACGCGUGGAGCAGACUCUGGCGAUGGCACCAGCAAGAGGGCAUCCUCAACACAACAGCAGCCUGUUUCCGCAGGGAGAUGUUAGAGAAGCGAAUCUUUACUUUCUGGUGGCAGAAGAUGUUCCAGCAUCGAGAAAACCGCUUGGCAGAGAGAAUAGCCAUCCUCCAGGCAGAGGGGCAGCUUCUGCGGAGGUCCUGGUCCGUGUGGCACCAGCGGGCAGCAGCAUGUCAGCAGGAGCGGGAGCGGGAAGCAGUGGCCUGUGCCCAGCACCACCACACGCGGCUCAGAAACGCUUUCUGUGUCUGGAAGGAGCGUGCCCAAGGGCUCAGAACAGAGAGGACGAGCGGGGUGCGGGCUGCACAGUUCCACUCAGGGCGGCUCCUGCGCUGGGCCUGGAGCAGGUGGAGGGAGAGCCUGGCCCUGCGGGCAGCCGAGCAGCAGAAGCUGAUGCGGGCGGACCUGCACGGCCAGCGCGCCGUGCUGCGAAGAGCACUGCGAAGGUGGCUGGCUUACCAGGGCAGAGUGUGGAGCGUCCUGCAGGAAGUGGCGGUCAGGGAGAGCCAGCACAACCGGCAGCUUACCCGGUGGGCAUUACGUCGCUGGAGGAAGAACACUGUGGCCCGUGCAGAUGAGACCAGAAAAUCCUCUCAAGCAAGUGCCCACUACAGAAGGACCUUGUGUUCCAAGGUCCUGGUCCAGUGGCGGGAGGUGGCCUCGGUGAGGAUUUAUUACCGACAGCAGGAGGCCUGUGCCCUCAGGGAGGCCCGGAAGGUGCUGGAGAGGGGUUGUCUCCGCAGCUGGUUUCGGCGCUGGCGGGAUCACAGCCAGAGGGCUGCCGAGCAGAAAGCCCAGCUGGAGCGGGCAGCCCAGCACCACCACCGGCAGCUGCUGCGGGAGGCCGUGGCACGGUGGCAGGCGCACCAUCUGGAGUGUGUCAGGAAAAGGAUCCUGCGGCGGCAGAGCACGCAAUUCUUGGCGCAGAGACUCAGCUGGGCCUGCUUCCUCCAGUGGAGACGACAGCUAGAGGCCAAGAGGCGGGAGCAACAGAGUACAGCACGGGCCCUGUGGUUCUGGGCUUUCUGUCUACAGGCAAAGGCUUGGGCUGCAUGGCUGGGCUUCGUGAGAGAAAGGAGGAGGAAGAAGGUUCGGCUGGAGCAGGCAGUGCAGGCCUAUCACCGGCAGCUGCUCCAGGAGGGCGCAGCCCAGCUCCUGCGCUUCGCAGCCAGCAUGAAGGCCUUCCGGCAGCAGCUGCAGGCGCAGCAGCAGGUCCAGGCGGCCCACAGUCUCCAACGUGCAGUCCGCCGCUGUGCUGAGAUCUGGAAACAGAAGGUGCUGGGCGCAGGCUGGGAGUCUCAGCACCUAGCACCCAUUGCACCCAGCAGGAGAGUGGCAUUUGAGGGUCCCCUUCUUGACUUUGUUGCUGCUGGAGCUGGGGAUGCCACUUCGGAAGCCAAGCGACUGCGAGCCCAGCAGCGUCGGGCAGCCCUGGGUGGCCUGGUGCCCGCUGCUGGGGAGCCCCAGCUUCCGGAGCUCAGUGCUGCCCGCUCGGCAAGGAAGCAGCCACGAUGCCCACAUUUUCUGCUGGAACCCGUGCAAAGCCAGAGGUCCCUAGGGUGUGGAACACUCAAGGGGCAGGGGCCUGAGAAGCCUCAGGAACAGGGCCAAGGUCUGGCCUGGUCAGCAGGCCCUUCUCUGCCCAGACCCUUCCUGACUGGGGCCCUGCCAAAUACUCCUGGCCCGAGGGCACCUUCUGCGGCAAGUCCAAGUCCAGAACUCCUGCCUCCUUCCUCCUUCAGGCCCCUCAGGGCAGGAGCGGCAGCCUGGACGUCAGCACAGCCCGCCCCUGGGUCUAAACCCCAGGCUCCCCCAACUCUGGCCUGUGGCCCUGACCCUCAUCUGCUCCUGCCUGAGGACUUCACAGGCGCCAGGGCCAGGCCUGGUCUUGGCAUUGAAGCUGCAGGCCACAUGGACCUUGAGGCUGAGCUGGAGGGGAUCCAGCAGCAAUUACAGCACUACCAGACCACCAGGCAGAACCUCUGGUCGUGUCUACCCAGUGACUGUGAUUCUAACACAGGAGAGAGGUCCUGCCAGCGACAAGCAAGCAGCUUGCGAAAGUGGCUGGAGUUGAGCCAGGAGGAGCCCAGGGCGGAGGACCACGACGCAGAGCAGCAGAUGCAGAAAGAGCUUGAGGAGGUGGAACUGCAGAUCCAGCAACUGUCGGAGGAGCUUCAGGCCCAGCGCCAGCCCAUCCGCUCCUGCACAGCACGCAUCCAGGCCUUGCGGCAGGCUCUGCACUAAUGGGCCCACCCCAGGGAGACAAGUGCUGUUGGUGCAGGGCAGGCUUCGGGCCACCUCCAGGAACAUAAAACAAUGCUAGCAUGUUUUACAGUUUUAUGGGUUUUUUUAAUUCCAAAAUGCCUUGCAAUUAAAUGAAUUACUGUUCA